AUGGCCUCGAACCCGACCGACGCGCCUCCGCCUUACUCGCAGGACCCGAGCGGCCACCUCGCCGUGCCCGCCGGCUCGACCCAGGGCGUCCAGCAGCAACCGUCGCGCCAAGGUCACCGUCGCACCAACUCGAACGCCUCGUCCAACUACACGUCCGAGGAGGACCACGACGAGUCGGGCAUUCCCGACGAGGGCAGGCGCGAGCUCAUCGACGCAGAGCGGCCCUUGCCCGAGGGCUGGAGGCGCGAGUUUGACACCAACACGCAGCACUUCUUCUACGUCGACACUCGGGCAACGCCGCCGCGCAGCAUCUGGUCGCACCCGCUCGACGACCCCGACUUCCUCGACGCCCACCCCGAGAUCGCCAAGGAGUUUGCUCCUCCCGCCGGCGCACCGCCCGCCGAGACGUCUGCCACCCCGUCCGUCGUUGACGAGAAGAAGGGCCACCACUCGCUCUUCCACCGUGGCGGCGACGACAAGGCCGCCGAGGAGGAGCGUCGCGGCCACAACCACGACCACGACCACGCGUCGACCUCGGCCAAGAAGGACGACCGCACCCUCGGGCGCAAGAUGAAGGACAAGCUCACGGGCAAGACGCACGAGGAGCGCGUCAAGGAGCGCAAGGACAGGGCCGAGAGGGAGCGCCGCGAGUACGACGAGUACCUUCGUCGUCGCGGCGAGAUGCUGCGCGCGGUCAACGCCGGGCAGUACCGCAGCUCGUACUCGGCACCCCAGGGCCCGUACAGGGUCCAGCCGAUGUAUGGCGGGCGGUACGGCGGCGGCGGCAUGUACGGGCGGGGCAUGUACGGAGGGCGCGGCUACGGCUACUAUCCUGCGGGCCCGAUGGGCUACGGGAAUGGCAUCGGAAUGAUGGGCAGAGGGCCAGGCAUGGGCAUGGCGAUGGGCGGUGGUCUCCUCGGUGGCCUCCUCCUCGGCGACAUGCUCUUCUAAACGCGCUCAACUCGACCGCCGGCGCCCAUCGUCGUCGUCGUCGACCUUCCCCCCGCCCGCUCUACUUCCCUCCCUCCUCCCCUUUCCUCCUUCCGCCCUUCUUCCUUUCCACCCUUAAUCGUGCUCCGUAGAUACUCUCCUCCCUGUACUCGCAAUCGACAGCCCGAAGCAGUGCCUCCUC